CAUUAUUCCAUCUCCUCCUCUGACAGGAACACCACAUCUUCGCUCUUUCUUCUUUCUCUUCCAUUGUCACUAGAAAAUUCAAUCACCACUAAAGAGAACAAAUACGCAGGUUACCCAUCACUGGAAUAAUCGAACCCCCAAUCAAAACUUAUGUGAUGCCUCUAACCUCAUUUAAUUGAAGAGCCAAACGAAAAUCACGAAGGAGGAGUUCAAAACCUAUGCCGAUUAAAUGCCUCUCAUUUCAAAGAUCUCCCGUGGCCGAUUAGAACGAGUCAGAGAUCAUCUCUCAUUUCGAUCUACUGAGAGUCAAAAGUCAUCUCUCAUUUCGUUCUACCGAGAGUUAAAUACCUGGUUUGUCAAAGACCCUCUCUCAUUUCGAUCUACCGUGAGAUAAUGCGAAGCUGAUCGAUUCCGAUAGUUGCUAUCGGAGACAAAUCAAAGGAGAUGCAGUCUCGUUCUACAAUGGAGAGAAGAUGAGACAGAAGAUGACAGAGGAAUGAGAGAAUGAGAAGAUGAAAGAUGAAAUAUUAUUAUUUUAAUAAUACAGAAUGCUACAGUGGUUCUGAUGUAGGAAUCAGUGUAUCAAGUCUUUAUUAAAAGAGAGUUUAGGGAAUUGUAGGUGUGUGUUUUUGACAAAAUCUCUAUAAUUAUUCUCUAUUUUACAGACAUAUUCUUAUUUGGAUAAUCUGAUGUGAUGUGGAUGUUCUCAUCAUAAAAUUCAGUAUUUGGAUUUUUUUAUAGUCUGGAAGUCAAUAUCUAGAAGUAAAAGACGGGGAGGGGAGAGAGAGAAUCAUUCCUUACUUGAGCUUGCGAGACUGUUCUAACUAGUAAGCUCGCCCUUUUAUUUGGCAUGUGAAACGUGAACCGGGAUCUAUUCUGUGCUCAAAGGCCAAAGCUAAGCCGGACCCAACUGUUCAAAGAUUUAUUUUUUUCUUUCAAGAUGAAAUCUAUGGAGGUUUUCCGCACAUUCUUGCCUUAACAUCACAUGACAGAUGGAUUUCUCGUGUUAUUGUUAAUGCUGACAUUGUUGGCAGGUGUCUGUUGCCUUGAAACAAUUCCGGUGUCAGCUAGCUGAGGAAUUCAAUUAGUUAAUUGAAAUCAUUCCAGGACAUGGAUGUCUUAUUGACAACCAGGCUAGGCUCCAUCAGAACUCUAGGGCUAUUUUUUCUUACUGUGUUGGGGGCUGUGGAAGCCAUGGGUGAUGCUGGUAAUACCAGUGUUUCAGUCUCGAGACCUCGAACUGUGAAUAUAGGAGCUCUGUUUACAAUGGAUUCUGUGAUUGGAAGAGCAGCAAAGCCAGCACUUCAAGCUGCAAUUGAUGAUGUUAAUUCUGAUUCAAGCAUUCUUAAAGGAGUGAAAUUGAACCUAAUUUUACAUGAUACAAAUUGCAGCGGAUUUUUGGGAACCGUUGAAGCUUUGCAGCUGAUGGAAAAUGACGUGGUUGCGGCAAUUGGGCCUCAGUCAUCUGGGAUAGCUCAUGUCAUCUCCCAUGUUGUUAAUGAACUUCAUGUGCCACUUCUGUCAUUUGCAGCAACAGACCCUGCUCUUUCUUCACUGCAGUAUACUUAUUUCCUCCGCACCACACAGAAUGAUUUUUUCCAGAUGUAUGCGAUCGCUGAUAUGGUUGACUACUUUGGAUGGAAGGAGGUAAUAGCUAUCUAUGUAGAUGAUGACAAUGGAAGAAAUGGAAUUUCUGUGUUGGGUGAUGCAUUGGCAAAGAAGCGUGCAAAGAUCUCUUACAAGGCUCCUUUCACUCCUGGAGCCACCAGAAGUGACAUAAAUGAUCUGUUGGUUGGAGUAAACCUGAUGGAAUCCCGUGUUUAUGUUUUGCAUGUUAAUCCUGACUCGGGUUUGACAAUAUUCUCGGUUGCUAAAGUCCUUGGGAUGAUGAGCAGCAGCUAUGUCUGGAUUGCGACCGAUUGGCUUCCUUCUCUUAUUGAUUCAAUGGAACCAGUUGAUACUGACACUAUGAACCUCAUACAAGGGGUGAUUGCUCUUCGCCAUCACACCCCAGAUUCUGCUGGAAAAAGGAAUUUCAUGGCUAGGUGGAAUACAUUGAAGUAUAAGGCGAGAUUGGAGCCUUCUGGCUUCAAUUCUUAUGCACUUUAUGCUUAUGAUUCUGUUUGGUUAGCUGCUCAUGCUCUUGAAGUUUUUUUGAAUGAAGGUGGAGUUGUAUCAUUUUCUAAUGAUCCGAGGUUGCAUGACACAAAUGGAAGCACAUUGCACUUUGCAUCACUUCGUGUUUUUGAUGGAGGCGCACAGCUUCUCCAGACGCUUAAUCGGAUGAACUUCACAGGACUAAGUGGUCAGAUCCAAUUUGAUCCAGAUAGGAAUUUAGUUCAUCCUGCAUAUGAUGUACUUAAUAUUGUUGGAACAGGGGUCCGCACGAUUGGUUUUUGGUCAAAUGAUUCUCAUCUUUCUGUCGUUGCCCCAGAGAUCUUGCACACGAAGCCUCCCAAUACUUCUUCUAGUAACCAAAAACUAAACGACGUAGUAUGGCCUGGGGAAAUCACAAAAAUACCAAAAGGUUGGGUUUUCCCCAACAAUGGAAAACCACUGAGAAUUGCUGUGCCUAACCGUGUAAGCUACAAAGAAUUUAUGGGUAAAGACAAAAGCCCCCCUGGGGUGAAAGGUUAUUGUAUAGAUGUCUUUGAAGCUGCAGUUAAUCUACUGUCUUAUCCUGUCCCGCGUUCAUAUAUAUUAUUUGGAGACGGCAAAAGAAAUCCUGAAUAUAAUGAUCUGGUGUAUCAGGUUGCCCAGAAUAACUAUGAUGCAGCAGUUGGAGAUGUCACAAUUACUACAAAUAGGACAAGGAUUGUGGAUUUUACACAGCCUUACAUGGAAUCUGGACUUGUUGUCGUUGUGCCUGUCAAGGAGGAAAAAUCUAGUCCUUGGGCUUUCCUCCAGCCAUUUACUUGGCAAAUGUGGUGCGUCACUGGUGCCUUCUUUCUUUUUGUGGGAGUUGUCAUUUGGAUUCUUGAGCAUCGGCUCAAUCAUGAAUUCCGUGGUCCUCCAAGGCAGCAACUUAUGACAAUAUUUUGGUUCAGUUUCUCAACAAUGUUUUUUUCUCACAGAGAGAACACUGUAAGCACCCUGGGAAGGAUGGUGCUGAUCAUAUGGCUUUUUGUAGUUUUGAUUAUCAAUUCGAGCUAUACAGCUAGUUUGACAUCGAUCCUCACGGUGCAGCAGUUAUCAUCAGGUAUUCAAGGAAUUGACAGCUUGAUCUCAGGUUCGGAACCAAUUGGAGUUCAGGACGGAUCAUUUGCCUGGAACUAUUUGGUUAAUGAGCUCAACAUAGCUGAAUCUAGGCUUGUUAAGUUGAAAAGCCAGGAAGAAUAUGCUACUGCAUUUCGUCUAGGACCAAAAGGUGGCGGAGUAGCUGCUAUUGUUGACGAGCUGCCUUACAUUGAACUUUUCUUGGCCGACACCAAUUGCGGCUACAGGAUUGUAGGGCAGGAGUUUACUAAAAGCGGAUGGGGAUUCGCAUUUCAAAGGGAUUCUCCUCUUGCAGUCGACUUGUCAACUGCCAUUCUUCGACUAUCAGAAAAUGGUGACCUCCAAAAAAUCCAUGAUAAGUGGUUAUCACAUGGUGAUUGUUCUAUAACAAGCCAAGUUGAUGCAAACCGCCUCUCUCUCAAGAGUUUCUGGGGCUUGUUCCUCAUAUGCGGCAUUGCAUGCGCGAUUGCUCUUAUUAUAUUCUUCUGUAAGAUAUUUGGUCAGUAUCGCAGAUUUUCUCCUGAUGUUGAGGAGACAGAAGUGGAGGAGAUUGAGCCGGGUAGGAGUAGGCGCACGAUCGGAUCAGCUAGCUUCAAGGGCCUGAUUGAUUUUGUAGAUAGGAAAGAAGCAGAGAUUAAGGAGAUACUUAAACGGAAGACUAGUGAUAGCAAACGAAACGCCAGCCCAAGCACAGACGGGCAGCCACACUCGCCGCCAUGAAUAAAGUUUUCUGGUGAAGUUUCAAAUUAUGGUCUAUUUGAUUAGCAUAUCUAUAUAUAUAUACACACAAUGAAUACAAAUUCAUACAUAUACUAGCACAUACAUUUCCCUUCUCUGCAUGGCAGAAGCAGACAGAUAGUUAUUAGAAUUGCAUGGGAAACUGUUAGAUAGCUGUAGUGUACCAUUUUUUUCUCUAAAAAGAGGGAGCUUUUUAAGAUGUGCAGUGGGGAUCUUCCAUUUUAAUCUUCUUCAAAACUUGACAGAUUUUUUGUAUAUAUGGUAUGGCUGUUUGGUUUUC